GUCUGAGCUCUUAACGAUGGAAUCUCCGAAACCCAUCCUCGAUUUCGAAAAGUUCGACAAUGGGUUUGUUCAGAAACUCGUCUACGAUGCUCUCGUUUGGUCUUCCCUUCACGGCCUUGUCGUCGGUGACAAAACUUAUCAGAGAUCAGGAACAGUUCCAGGGGGGGGGGGGAUGAUGCACGCCCCUAUCGAAUUGCUGCCAACUCCACAUGGCUGGGGUAAGAACCGGUUCUUCGGUUUAUUCGUCGCUCCUCAAAGCUUACUGCAACACCAACUGGACUAGAGCUGCUCAGAAGGCAGGGAUCCAGUUCGACUCGAGCUGUUACGAAGCCUUAAUCAAAUCCCAGGUGAUUCAGAACGAUACUCAUGGAGCUCUCAAUGUGUUCAAGGAGAUGAAAGAGGCGAAGAUACCCAGAGGAGGGAAUCAGCAGUUUGAGAAGCUCUUAAAGGGAUGCGAAGGAAACGCAGAGGCGGGACUUAUGUCGAAACUCUUGAGAGAAAUCAGAGAAGGGCAGAGUAGCUUGGAUGCUGGCGUUCACGAUUGGAACAAUGUGAUCCAUUUCUUUAGCAAGAAAGGCUUGAUGCAAGAUGCAGAGAAGGCGUUGAAGAGGAUGAGAAGUCUGGGGCAUUCGCUGAACGCUCAAACGUUUCAUUCUAUGGUCAGAGGCUAUGCAGCCAUUGGGAGUAAAUACACAGAGGUGACUGAGCUUUGGGGAGAGAUGAAGUCCAUAGUCGCAGCUACUUCAUCGAUGAGGUUUGAUCAGGAGCUGCUGGAUGCGGUGUUGUAUAAGUUUGUUAGAGGAGGGUUUUUCUCGAGGGCUAAUGAAGUUGUGGAGAUGAUGGAGAAAGAGAAGAUGUUUGUUGAUAAGUACAAGUAUCGGAUGCUCUUCAUGAAGUAUCACAAGACUGCUCAUAAAGGCAAAGCUCCAAAAGUUCAGAGCGAGUCUCAGCUCAGGAAGAGGGAAUCUGGUUUAACAUUCAAGAAAUAG